UUGUUGUCAAUUGAAGUGAAAUCUAAUAUUGAAUUUACAAUUGUUUUAAUUAAUUGUUAUUAUAAUUAAGUGAAACAAUUGAUGACAUUUAGUGACACUUUAAUUAUUUAUUGAGUGAUUUCUUUAAGUAUUUAUUCAUUAAUUGAUUUAUAUUUUGAGUCAUUUACCGAUUGAUUGAUUGUUUAGAUAAAUAUAAAUUGUUUGUUAAAGUGUUUAAUGAUUUAAUCGUUAAAACAAAUAACCAAAUCAUAAGUCAUUAGUGAAGAUGUCAUUAAACAAGAACGAAGAGAAGGCACCACUUCUUAGUGGUGAUAGUUAUGUGUCAAACGGUCAUAUGUCAGGUAUAGCGUCGACAUCGGCGGCCUCUUCGACAUAUUCAUCACUCAACGGACACUAUCCUAACAAUAGUUUCAACACAUCCCAAUACAACGAGACAUAUGUAACGGUGCCCUCUAUAGGACCCGAUGAGUUGCCGCCGCCCUAUAGCGCGUCAAUCUCUGGUGGCGUACCAGUGAUAGUGGCCUGUCGUGUCUGUGGGUCAAUGAUUGACAUCACCGGUAAAAGAGAGCAACACGUAGUCAAAUGUGACAAUUGUAACGAAGCAACGCCAGUAAAGAGCGCACCGACGGGAAAAAAGUAUGUCCGCUGUCCGUGUAAUUGUCUGCUUGUAUGCAAAGCCAGUGCUCAAAGGAUUGCUUGUCCGCGCCCUCAAUGUAAGCGAAUUAUCAAUUUAUCGGUGAAUCAAAUGUCGGUCAAUACAACAACAUCGCCAUCAAUGUCGCCACCGAUGCCUGGGAUGUGUCGUGUUAUAUGUGGUCACUGUCAUGAGUCGUUUCUCUUCAAUACUCUGCAGAACAAUCUCGCCCGAUGUCCGCACUGUCGCAAGUUAUCAUCGGUUGGCCGAGAAUUUGCCAGAACUCGAGGCAUAGUGUUCUUGAUCUUUGCUCUAAUCUUUUUGAUUGUCUCAUUGGGCGUCAUAUUUGGCACACUAUCAGUGAUAAGAAGUGGUUCAAGAGGUUUGAUUGCGUUAGACGUUAUAUUUUCAUUGAUUUGUUUUCUACUGUUUAUCCGAUCCAUGCAUUACUUGACAAUGAAAACCAGUCUAAUUGAUUCAAAUUAAAAGUAAAUUAUAUUUGAUUUAUUCAUUCCAUAUAAUUAUUAUCUUAUUAUAUUAAUGUAUAAUUAUUAAU